AUGGACCUAUGGGUGUGCCCAUUAUAUUGUUAUUACAACGGAUACAAUGAUGAAUUGCUUUGGGCUGCAGCAUGGCUCCUCAAAGCAACAAGAAAGCCUAUGUAUUGGGACUACGUAAAGCAAAACAUUAUAAACUUCAAAUCAGACAUCGAAAAUGGCUUAUCAGAAUUUGGAUGGGAUGCCAAGCAUGCUGGUAUCAAUGUGCUCAUCUCCAAGUUUGUUCUGGAUAAUCCUUCAAAUGCAAACCCCUACCUUCCUUACGCUGAUACGUUCGUCUGCAGUGUGUUGCCUGAAUCUCCCACCAAUACAGUUAGAUACACUCCAGGUGGACUCAUUUACAAAUCGGGGAUUUGUAAUAUGCAAAAUCCAACAGCUCUGUCAUUUCUACUUCUUACCUAUGCCCGCUACAUGAAGACCAGGGUAAUUCGCUGUGGCAAUGUUGAUGUAACUCAAAAGAUGCUAAUACGUUUUGCAAGAAGCCAGGUGAAUUAUAUUCUUGGGAGAAAUCCAAUGAACAUGUCAUACAUGGUUGGAUUUGGAACAAAAUUUCCUCAAAGAAUACACCACAGAGGGGGUUCAUUGCCAUCUAUUGAUCAGCAUCCGGAGAAGAUAGGAUGUAAAGAAGGGACACCAUAUUUCCUCAACGAAAAUCCAAAUCCCAACUUGCAUAUAGGGGCAGUGGUGGGAGGACCUGAUAUCAAAGAUUAUUUUGCUGAUGUUAGACAUGAUUCUGCUCAUUCAGAGCCAACUACAUAUGUCAAUGCACCACUUGUUGGACUCUUGGCUUAUUUUAAAGCACAUCCCUAGUCCUGAAUACUUGUGGACAUAGUAGUAACUCAAAUAUGUACAGAUUAUUGAAAUUUCUUCUCUCUUUUUGCCAAAUGUGUACCUUAUUGGAACU